AUGAGGAUCUUUGGUGGAAGGCCAGCCCAUGAGAAAGCAUGGCCCUGGCAGGUGAGUUUGAGUGUCAACGGUAGACACAUAUGCGGAGGCUCGCUCAUCGCCGGGCAGUGGGUGCUGACGGCUGCUCACUGCAUUGCUGGCCACAAUGAUUAUUUGGUGAAGAUGGGAGACACAUUGGUAUUUAAUAAUACCAAUACAACAAUUCUGGCUUCGGUUCGAGACAUUGUUAUCCAUAACUCUUUUGAGAUGACAGAUUUGCGUUUUGACAUUGCCUUGGUCCUGCUAGAUUUCUCUGUGACUUUUACACCAUCCGUCCUGCCUGUAUGCCUCCCAGAACCAUCUCAGGGAGAUUCUGGGGGCCCCCUGGUCUGUGCAAUUAAUGACACGUGGUUCCAAAUGGGCAUUGUGAGCUGGGGCAUAAAAUGUGUCACCCUGUGA